UUCUGCUCCUCUCCUGAAAAUCCUCCUCACCCCACCCACCAUGUGCCACACCAGCUGCUCCCCUAGCUGCCAGCCAACCUGCUCCGUGCCUAUGUGCUGCAAGCCCGUCUGCUGUGUCCGUCCUUGCUGCCGCCCGGCCUCCUGUGUGGCCCUGCUGUGCCGCCCAGCGUGCCCUGUGGUGACCAGCUGCCAGGCAGUCUGUGGAGCUGGCAGCUGCUCCCCCUCUUGCUGUGUGUCCAGCCCCUGCCAGUCCAGCUGCUGCCAGACUAGUCCCUGCAGCUCUGUCUGCUGUGUGUCCAGCCCCUGCCAAUCUGCCUGCUGUGUGCCUGUCUGUUGCAAACCUACUGUGUGUGUGCCCUUGUGCUGCAAGCCUGUGACCUGUGGGGUUGCCUUCUGCCAGGUCUCCUGCUGCCAACCAGCUUCCUGCACCUCCUUGGUCUGUGGACCCUCCUGUGCCCCCUCCUGCUGCUGGCGAAUCCCCUCUGUGGGCCCCAGCUGCGCCCACGCAUCCUGGCCUCUGCUCUGCAUCGGAGGGUCAGUCUUAUAUCUCCUAGUGGCUGCUCCUAAUAUUACUAAGAUGACAGACCUGAAACCUAAGGACCAGCCUUCAGGGAGCCUAUCAAACAGGCACCAUCCACCACCUCCUAUGGUCCAGAGGCUCCCCUUGCACCAGCUCUCACUGAGCUUUCCCAUGUAUAGCUUGGUACGCAUGAAGAAGAGAUGGGCUGGUCAGCAGCAGGAUGGAGAACAUGUGGGUCCACAGAGCAGGGAGGUGCAGGAGGCUGGCUGGCAGCAGGAGGCCUGGCAGGAGGGGGCCCCACAGAUCAUGGGCUUGCAGCAGACUGGCACACACACAGCAGGUUUGCAGCACACGGGCACACACACGGCAGGUUUGCAGCAGACUGGCACACAGCAGGCAGACUGGCAGGGGCUGGACACACAGCAGACAGGACUGCAGGGACAAGCCUGGCAGCAGAUGGACUGGCAGGGGCUGGACACACAGCAGGAGGGGGAGCAGCUGCCAGCUCCACAGACUGCCUGGCAGCUGGUCACAACAGGGCACGCUGGGCGGCACAGUAGGGCCACACAGGAGGCCGGGCGGCAGCAAGGACAGACACUGCAGACAGGCUUGCAGCACACGGGCAUGGAGCAGCUUGGCUGGCAGCCAGGGGAGCAGCUGGUGUGGCACAUGCUGUGGAACUUCCUGGAGCGUGCUGCUCACAGGGAGAUGCAGAGCUUCUUCACGGCUUCCUUGGCUCUUGGAGCACAGCUGUUUGUCACCCUGCCUCUGCCUUCCCAGUGCGGUGGUGGGCUCAACAAACAGCAGCUGUUUGUCUCCUUUCCUCUCCAACACCUUAUUUUAGCUGUGGAACUUCCUGGAGCGUGCUGCUCACAGGGAGAUGCAGGAGAAGGAUCACUCCAAACCCAUCCCGCCUCCUCCGCUCCUCUCCUGAAAAUCCUCCCCACCUAUCCACCCACCAUGUGCCACACCAGUUGCUCCUCUGGCUGCCAGCCAACCUGCUCCGUGCCCGUGUGCUGCAAGCCCGUCUGCUGUGUCCGUCCUUGCUGCCGCCCGACCUCCUGUGUGGCUCUGCUGUGCCGCCCAGCAUGCCCUGUGGUGACCAGCUGCCAGGCAGUCUGUGGAGCUGGAAGCUGUUCCCCCUCCUGCUGUGUGUCCAGCCCCUGCCAGUCCAGCUGCUGCCAGGCUAGUCCCUGCAGCCCCUCUUGCUGUGUGUCCAGCCCCUGCCAGUCCAGCUGCUGCCAGUCUAGCCCCUGCAGCCCUGUCUGCUGUGUGUCCAGCCCCUGCCAGUCUGCCUGCUGCAUGCCAGUCUGCUGCAAACCUGCUGUGUGUGUGCCCAUGUGCUGUAAACCUGCUGUGUGUGUGCCAGUCUGCUGCAAGCCCAUGCCCUGUGGGGUCCUCUCCUGCCAGACCUCGGGCUGCCAGCCAGCCUCCUGCACCUCCCUAGUCUGUCGACCCUCCUGUGCCCCCUCCUGCUGCUGAGCAAAUCUUUGAAGGAUUACUGUAGGCACAGCUUAGCUGGCCCACUGGAGAAGUCUUUCCUGGUCCUAUCCAAUCCCCAGUGAGAAGGAGACGGUUUUCCCAGAAAGACCCUCUCUGAAACCUCCAGCUCAAUUGAAGGAAAUAUCUUUUGGCUUGGAGUUCAAGAACUGAGCUGGCUUUGACUGGAAGAACUGGCUUUGACUCUCCCACUGGGUGACCCGUCAGGUCACGCCUUUGCUUCAGUUUUCACAUCUCUAAGGUGAAGAGGAGGCCCAACUGAUUUAUAAUGAGGACAACAUAGGAUUCCAUAGAUAUGAAACGCUGCAAACCUGAAAGUGCUCCCUCAGUGCCCAAGGGGAAGAGAGCCAGCUUGUUCCCGAACAGUUUUGGGCCCCUCAGGAAGCUGGGGGUUGUGACCCUUUUCACAUCUCCCUGUGGGCAUCUCCCACAGCCAAGGAAACUACUCUUUGUUGCACUGACUUACUCUUACUUAACAACUUAAUAAAUCCACCAGAUCUCCCAUAUAUAUUCAUGUUUCUUCUUUCACUGAAUGGUUUGUCAAAACCCCAAUUCCUGGGGCAGUCAGAUGGCCCAGUGGCUAGAGCACCAGCCCUGAAGUCAGGAGGACUUCAGCUCAAAUUCGGCAUCAUAAAAAAUAAAAUAAAACUUCUAAUUCCUUCGGGAGA